AUGUCCGCAACUCUAACUCCCCUCAACCCCGCCAACGUCCAGGGCGAUAUCCUCGUCGGACUUCCGAAGAAGGUUCAGCACUACCUCUUCUUCCAAAUUGACAACGAUGUCACUUCGUUCAGGAAGCGGUUGGGCCUGCUGAUUCCCCUCAUCACCACCACUGCCCAGGUUCAGGACGACCGGGCCAAGAUCGCCGCCAAUAAGGAGGCGGCGGCUAAGGAGGGCAAAGCCCCGGAACUCUUGAAGCUCUCCGGUGUCAACAUUGCCUUCUCUCAGUUUGGUCUCACCAAGCUUGGCAUUACCGACAACGUCGGUGACACAGCUUUCGUCGAAGGCCAGCUUAAGGACUCUCAGAAUCUCGGCGAUGCCGGAACCACCGAUGCCCAAGGAAACUUCACCCCUGACUGGCUGCCUGCAUUCAAGAACCAGAUUCAUGGUCUCAUCAUCAUCUCGGGCGACUCCGAGUUGACUGUCUCUGCGACACAAGCAACAGUGAUGGCGAUAUUCAACAUUGGCGUUCACAUCACCCUUCACGAAAUCACUACGCUAAAAGGCGUAGUCCGUCCCGGCGCCGAGAAGGGUCAUGAACACUUUGGUUUCUUGGACGGCAUUUCCCAACCCGCAGUCAAGGAAUUCGACACGAAGCCCAACCCAGGACAGGAGACCGUCCGUCAGGGCGUUAUCCUCUGUGGACGUGAGAACGAUGUCGACGCCAACAACAACAAUACGCCCUUCGUCCGCCCCCCUUGGGCUCUGGACGGCAGUUUCCUCGCCCUUCGCUAUCUCUUCCAGCUGGUGCCGGAGUUCAACACCUUCUUGACGCAGAGCGCAGACCCUACUACCGGUCUCUCCUCUGACCUUCUGGGAGCGCGGCUCGUCGGCCGGUGGAAGAGCGGUGCUCCUGUGGACGUCUUCCCCUUGCAGGACAAUCCCGAGGCUGGAACGGACCCGUCUCAGAACAACAACUUCAGGUACGACUUCCCGGAUGACCAGCAGACUCAGGACCGCUGCCCGUUCGCGGCGCAUACACGCAAGACAAAUCCGAGAGCCGACCUCGAAGAUCUCAAUAUCUCUACGGAGAGCAGGCGUAUCAUCCGACGCGGUGUCCAGUUUGGGCCUGAACUCACCCCAGCAGAGAUCUCGAGCGGUAAGACAAUCGAGCAGCGCGGUCUCAUCUUUGCUGCCUAUUCAGGAAGCAUCACGAACGGCUUCCAAUUUGUGCAGCAUAGCUGGGCGGACAACACGGGUUUCCCUAUUAAAAAGCCAGUCACCCCUGGUUUCGACGCCAUCAUUGGCCAGAAUGGUAACGGCCCUCGCAGCUUAUCGGGCGCAAACCCGAAGAACCAGAGCGCGACGCUCGCGCUUCCCGCCAACUGGGUCGUCCCCAAGGGCGGAGAAUACUUCUUCUCGCCUUCGAUCCCUGCUCUUCGCAGUACCUUCGCUUUGGCGUGA